CAACAAAGAUCAACACAACAACAACAAAAAUAAGCAACAGACACAUUGCGGCUUGCUCGUCGCAAUAACCGCAGUGACAAGAGAAGUAAUUUAUCAACGAAGCGUCUUGUAUGUGUGGCAAUAACAUGUCAGCGCCGCUCCCUGCCGUCGUACCGGCGACCAGGAGAGCCACCGCCUCGGUGAUUUUUCUCCAUGGCCUUGGAGACACGGGCCACGGCUGGGCGGAGGUGCUGUCCGAAUUCAAGUCGCCGCACAUCAAAUACGUCUGCCCGCACGCACCUCUCAUGCCGGUCACGCUCAACCUGCGACAGAUAAUGCCGUCUUGGUUCGACAUCAUCGGCCUGAGCCCUGACGCAACGGAGGACGAGGAUGGGAUCAAGAGAGCGGCCGAGACCGUGCGGGGUCUGAUAGAGCAGGAGAUUAAAGCCGGGAUCCCGUCUCACCGCAUCGUACUGGCCGGAUUCUCACAGGGUGGCGCUCUGUCUCUCUACACGGCGCUCACAAGUCGGCACAAGCUGGGCGGGGUGGUGGCUCUGAGCUGCUGGCUGCCCCUCCGAGACUCGUUCACACAGUCGGACGGGACGCACGCCGGCGUGCCGGUCCUGCAGUGCCACGGCGAGGCGGACCUCCUGGUGCCACCGCUCUUCGGGCAGCUCACGGCCGACAAGCUGCGCUCCCUCCUGGGCCCCGACGCCGUCACCUUCAAGACGUACCGUGGCCUGGGACACUCGUCCACGCAGGAGGAGAUGAUUGACGUCAAAAAAUUCCUCGAAACGCAAAUCCCCGACAGCAACUAGGAGCGGACAACUUUUAUUUGGGAGUGGACACUGUUAUGAUUAUUAUUACUGUUUUCAUUAUAAUCGUCAUUAUUGAUAUUUGUUUUCACGAGCCUAAAAGGCAAAACGAAACAAGAGGGCUUCACAUAUUCCAGCCUAAAGAAAAUACAUUAAUUAAAAAAAAUCUACGAUAGAAUUUGACGAGAGAAUAUUUAUAAGCGACGUCACAUUCCUGCGGUCAAGACAUGACCGCGCAGUUUGCUUCCCAGGGCUUCGUUUUAUCCGGAGCUAUCCCGGGGACUGGACCUCCUGAAGAUAUAUCCCACGCGGUGCCAGCUUAGCGCUCCGUGAUUUAUCCCAAACUCCCCUAACACCCGCGCGGGGACAGGAGUAAGACGACUCCUGUUUUUUUUACUUUCCUGAAAUAAACGCAAUUUUUUUUUAUAGCUUUGAGAUAUCUUACACGGACUUUGCUGUAACGACAUCCGGAGGUUUGUGCAUUUUAUUAGCACGCGUUUCUAUUUAAGAUGCGGCUUUUUGUAAGCGAGAGACGCCCGCAUCGACCUCGGUGUAGCUGGGAAGAUGUCGUAGACCCCAUGUAGUUUCGUAGAAUUUCGUCAAUGACAAAACAUAGGUGGCAUCAUCACGGUGCCCAAACAAGCGUUGAUUUGAUCUUAGCUCUGCGAAGUAAUAGCAUAAAUAGGACUUUUAUUUAAAUAACUUUUUAUACGCUGCCUCAAGGCUUCAUAUUAUUAACGGCUGGUCUGCGGAUUCUACUUUUAUAUCCCACACUUGCGCUGCAGUAAUUUAUGAUCAAUUAAUAAAACAUGUAAUUGCC